UCUUUCCUUCUCACUUUGCGAUGUCUACUACAGUACUACUAUAUUCACCGUCAUCGGUCACCACUCCUGCCACCGGCCACUCCUGCGCCACUCGCCACUACGUCGUUCUCUCUCUUCAGGCGCGGUGUUUUUUUCCUCUCCAUUUCUGCAUCUGCGUGUUUGCUUCCGCCUCUUUGCUGCUCGCCACGUUGCAUCCCACUGCUCCAUCAUCUCUUCGAUGCUCGCGUCUACUGGAGAGCAUAGCUGCUGACGCUGAAACAGCCACCGGUUAUCCCUCUUCUAGUCCUCUUCCUUCUUCCCAUCAACUUGACUUCAGGAUGAAUAGCUUUAGUUCAACUCCUAUUGAAAAUAAUAAUGAGAUAGAACCAACUCAAGAUGAUGAGGGUCAAGCAAUUGAAGCACAUGUUCAAGGAACACAAGAAGAAGGACAAAAAGAAACACAAGAGGGAGGACAAAAAGCACAUGUUUAAAAUUUCGUUUUAUGGAUUAUGAUUUUUUAUUUUAUAUUUCUUGACUUGUAAGUUGUAAUCUUGGAUAAGAUAUGUAUGUUUGUGUGUUGUAAUAAUGUUUUGUGGUUUUUUUUAUAUUUUUUAAAAUUUUUUAUUUUAAUUUUCAUAUAAAUGUUCAAUAUAAAGAGAUGGGGAAUGAAGACCCACGAGAAACACGGGGACGCGGAGAAUGAAGAUGGGGCCAAUUAUCUCUCCAUGGUGGGGAUCGGAGCGAGGACGGGA